AUGGAAUCGAAAGCCCCAGUCUCCCUGGACGCCAUCAUGCGUGUAGCCUUUUGUCUCGAAGGUCGCGAUAAGCUCUCAAAGGUGCUGCAAUAUGGCAGUCGAGCGUUGGCGUUCUACGUACUAUCAGCUGACCCCAAGAGCGACAUCGGGCAGCGUCUCCACGCCCUUUACAAGGUCAUGCAACAGUCUCGAAAGGCUUUUCGACUGGGCAAGAGCAUCACAUACUACAAGAAGCUGCAGACGCUAUCCAAGAACAAGAGUCUGUCGGAAGAACAGAAGUACUUGCAGUGGAUCCAGAACGUCGGCAUGCUUGGCUACUUUAUCACCGAUAACUUGGCUUUUGCUAGUAAAGCAAAGGUCUUGCACUUUGAUGCUGACGAGAUAUCGCGUCGUGGAGGCAUUCUUUGGUUCUGUGCCAAUGUAGCCGGCUUCUUUCAGGCUGUUGACAAUCUGAAUGCUGACGUGGAGAAAGAAAAGUGCGUGAGGGACAUCUUGGCCUCGGAAGACGAUGUUGUUCGUGUCGAGGCGUUGCAAGGUCAACUGGAUGCACUGAGAAGCGGUCGAUUCAAGAAACUACUUGCAGUGCUCAAGGUGACGUGUGAUCUCAUUGUGUCGUCCAAUACGGCAGGCGUGAGGUUGUCGGAGCGGAUCGCUGGCACCAAGCUACAUGACGGAAUCAUCGGAUCCGUGGGCGUCGUGUCGGCAGCUGUCGUGCUGUAUAACACGUGGCCUAAUGCACCAAAAAAUGGCUUUCACUCUGAAAAAAAGACGGAGAUCAAGAUGGAAGCGAAUACUGAAAGCAAGAUUAGAGUAAAAGACGAGACGAAGGGUGAGGCGAUCUAG